ACACUGUGUUCAAUGCAUUGUAUGUUUUGUGAUAGAGUUGUCGAUACUAUCGAUAUAUCGCUUGUUAUAAUAAUAAUCGCAAUAAAAACAUGUAUUUUAUGGUCAAGUAAUGAAUGCAAUGAAUGUCCGGACAAUUGAUUGAAUCAUUCAUUUUGUAUACAAUUUGUGGUUAUAUUCAGACAUUAAUUAAGCGUUAGUUUCGACACAACUCUCACAACGAGACCAACAAUUGUGGACACAAUUGGUUUGAGUCAAUGCUUUGGUCUCUGAGUUGAGGGUCACGUCAUUUGCUGAUUAUCACUGGCAGUGGAAGUGUUGUCUUCGCCACUGAUCCACACUUUUUGGUGACCAUUGAAUUGGUUUGCAGUUCGCAUACAAUCCUCUCAAUUGUCGUCUCAAUUGAAUCCACUUUUGUAUUGACUUUAAUCCGCACUCAAAUGCUGGCCGAAGAUCACCACAAGACUAGUUCCGCUCCUUUUAGACACGAUUGAAGUGAUUGUCAAAAAUAUGUGAAAUUGAUUUGAAAUGAAUUGAUAUAUAAUUAGCAAUAAUUACACACAAAAUAUGUCUAUUUUAUUGAGUUAUUUAUAACCGAUAAAUGAAUUGAAACCAAAAACCAAAACAAUUAUAAUUACAGUUAAUAUGCAGUCGUUUUUCUACUGAUUUUUGGGUGUUUUUUACAAUUAUAUUUCAUUUGAAUUGAUUUCACGGCUUAUUUGUGUUGUAAUUAUAAUUUGUGUUAUAUUUACAACUCUUAACUGUCAGCGAAAGAUCACCGGAGGAAUCAAUUAAUACAUCAAUCAAACAAGUGGUGAAUUGUAUGCAAAAAUGGGUGCUUUUCUCGACAAACCUAAGACUGAAAAGCAUACGGAAGAAGGGUUUGGCAAUGGAUUGCGGUUUGGGUUGAGUUCAAUGCAGGGCUGGAGGAUCGAGAUGGAAGACGCCCACUGCGCUGUCGUCGGUCUCCCACAACUCACCGACUGGUCCUUCUUUGCCGUAUUUGACGGCCACGCGGGCGCCCGAGUGUCGGCCCAUUGCGCCGAAAACCUGUUGGACACUAUCACACAGACUGAUAACUUCAGGCAGUCGUCUAACGCAUCCAACGGCACAAUAAGUGCCGAACAAAUAGAUUCAGUGAAACAUAGCAUUAGAGACGGGUUUCUAAAGUUAGACGAAAAGAUGAAACGAUUGCCUGAAGUGGAGUCCGGAGAAGACAAGAGCGGUUCCACAGCCGUGUGUUGUCUUAUAUCUCCGCAACACUUUUUCUUUGCCAACUGUGGGGACUCGCGAGCAGUGCUCUCCCGUUCGAGUAAAGCAUUCUUCUCUACUCUCGAUCACAAACCCAUUAAUCCGACUGAAAAGGAGAGGAUUCAAAAGGCAGGCGGAAGUGUUAUGAUUCAACGCGUCAACGGAUCUCUGGCCGUCUCCAGAGCUUUGGGAGAUUACGAGUACAAACAGGUUGAAGGUCGGGGUCCGUGCGAACAGUUAGUGUCUCCCGAACCCGAAAUUACAGUUCAAAGCAGAGAAAAUACCGACGAGUUUCUGGUGUUAGCCUGCGAUGGCAUUUGGGAUGUGAUGGAUAACGAAGAGUUAUGCGAUUACGUUAGACAUCAGUUGACAAUUCAUCCAAAUUUAGAGACUGUCUGUUCAUCUAUAAUCGACACGUGUCUCCAUAGGGGGAGUAAAGACAACAUGAGUGUAGUUUUGGUCUGUUUUCCCGGCGCUCCUAAUGUUAGUGAAGACGCCCAACAAAAAGAUAGAGAACUUAAUUCUUUACUAGAGAAGAGAGUACAGGAAAUACUGGCGAAAAAUGAAGAGCUGACCGUCGCUGAGGUGUUUCAGGCGCUUCUUUACGAUGACAUCGAUUCUCUGCCUCCCGGAGGAGGACUCGACUCAAAGCGAACGAUAAUAGAGGAGACGUAUAAACGGAUUAAUCCCAACAAAAAUAGCGACACAAAUAGAGUGGAGAACAGCGAUGAGGACCACAACUACUCCGUCAACUGAACCCCGCAUUCAUGUGUUGCCAAACAUUCAUCGCUUUCGCCGAUAAGUCCUGUUUUAUCACAAAAUAAUAAAUUUUACUUUAAUUACAAAAAAAAUAAA